AUGGCGACUCUUCAGACGGUUCGUCGGUGGAUUAUGACAGCCGCCGUCGCUUCAAUUACGAUUACGGGUACUAUCUAUGGUGCGGGAUUGAAGGGGCAGCAGGAAGUUAAACAGAAAACAAGAUAUAUGAUCGAAGCCACGCCCGAAGAACGCAUCGCACAGCUCGAGACCACGCGCGCCGAGUUAAUGCUCAAGAAGAACGAGAUGGAGAGGAAGAUGGCUAUCUUUGCUGAGCGCAGGAAGGAGAAAGAGGCGCGCGAGAAUGGGAAAUGA